AUGGCGGAAGGCCUUGUCCGGCACGCGCAGAAGGACACGCUUCGACUUCCGCCAAUUCCCACUACAAUGGCUGAGCCUCCAGUCCACGCGCGGGAUCCGAAAUUCGUCGAUCGCUUCGCUUAUAUCUUCUUGAGCGGCCCUGUUUUCCCUCCGUGCGCGUCGCGCUGCCUGCGGUGGCAGCGCGCAGCUGUCCAGCGCAGUCGGGCUCGCCGCCGUGGGGCGAGUCUCCCAACCUCAGCGCCGCACAGACGCAAGACAAACAUGAGGCUGGAGGAGGAGGAGGAGGAGGAGGAGGAGGAGGAGGGGGAGGAGGAGGGCGAGGAGGAGGAGGAAAUGACAAAAGCAGAGCGCAAGACAAACAUGAGGCUGGAUGUCCGAUGGCCACCAUCGGGCGGUGCUCCGCACGGAUAA